CUCGUUUGGGGGCGGGACGUGACGUGCACGUGCUGGCCCGGCGGCCCCGGAUGCGGAAGUGGCGAGCACUGCCCCGGGGCCUCGUCGGGACUGUGCCGCCGCGGCCGGCUGCCGGCAGGGGACACGAUAGUGGGAGAUACGCAAGAUGUCUUCAACCAUUUUUACUCAGAGCAGCUGAGAAGAACUGAAAUUGAAGAUGAGAACUAACAAAGUGUACAAGCUCGUCAUACAUAAGAAGGGUUUUGGAGGCAGUGAUGAUGAACUAGUCGUGAAUCCUAAAGUAUUUCUUCACAUCAAGCUGGGAGAUGUUGUAGAAAUUGCACAUCCCAAUGAUGAAUACAGUCCCCUGCUUCUACAAGUGAAGUCACUUAAGGAAGAUCUGCAGAAAGAAACUAUAAGUGUGGAUCAGACAGUUGCACAAGUGUUUCGACUGCGGCCAUACCAGGAUGUCCACGUGAAUGUUGUUGACCCAAAGGAGGUGACCUUGGACUUGGUGGAGCUGACCUUUAAAGAUCAGUAUAUUGGGCGUGGGGAUAUGUGGCGACUGAAGAAAAGUUUGGUCAGCACAUGUGCAUAUGUCACCCAAAAAGUUGAAUUUGCAGGUAUCAGGGCACAGGCAGGUGAACUGUGGGUAAAGAGUGAGAAGGUCACUUGUGGAUACAUCAGUGAGGACACCAGGGUGGUCUUCCGCUCCACUUCUGCCAUGGUUUAUAUUUUUAUCCAGAUGAGCUGUGAAAUGUGGGAUUUUGAUAUUUAUGGGGACCUAUACUUUGAGAAAGCUGUGAAUGGUUUCCUUGCUGACCUCUUCACAAAAUGGAAGGAGAAGAAUUGCAGCCAUGAAGUGACAGUGGUUCUAUUUUCUAGAACAUUUUAUGAAGCAAAAUCUAUAGAUGAGUUUCCUGAAACGCAUCGUGCAUCAAUUCGGCAGGAUCAUGAAGGAAGAUUUUAUGAAGAUUUUUACAAAGUUGUAGUUCAGAAUGAGAGACGAGAAGAGUGGACCUCAUUGCUUGUGACCAUUAAAAAGCUUUUCAUCCAGUAUCCUGUGUUGGUACGACUGGAGCAAGCAGAGGGCUUUCCUCCUGGUUACAAUUCUACCUCAGCACAAGGGAACUACCUGGAGGCCAUAAAUCUUUCAUUCAAUGUGUUUGACAAGCAUUACAUAAAUCGGAACUUCGAUCGGACUGGCCAGAUGUCUGUGGUUAUCACACCUGGUGUGGGCGUAUUUGAAGUUGAUCGACUCCUUAUGAUUCUCACCAAACAGCGGAUGAUAGACAAUGGGAUAGGUGUGGACUUGGUGUGCAUGGGAGAACAACCAUUGCAUGCUGUACCGCUCUUUAAGCUCCAUAAUCGCUGUGGACCUGGUGACUCCAGAUUGGGUGAUGACUAUAAUAUUCCACAUUGGAUAAACCAUAGUUUCUACACAUCCAAAAGCCAGCUCCUGUGUAACAGCUUCACUCCACGGAUCAAGCUGGCAGGAAGGAAACCGCUGACUGAGAAAGCAAAAAAUAACCGAGAUGCCUCAUUAGGGGCUCCAAAAGAUGCUGAGAAUGCCCUGCCUAUCCAGGUAGAUUAUGAUGGCUAUGAUGCUCAGGUGUUCAGACUGCCAGGCCCAUCCAGAGCCCAGCGCUGUACCACUUUCAGCAGGUCUGUGAGAGAGAGAGAAAGUCGUACCCGAAAGAGCUCUAGUUCCUAUGAUGUGUCAUGCAGCCCUUCCCUGCAGAGCCGCACGCUGCCCCCAGAGGAGGUGAGGAGCCAGGCUUCUGAUGACAGCUCACUGGGCAAGAUCUCCAACAUCCUGAUGAUCCCACGGCCUCAUCUGCACCAGUGUGAAGUCAGCAGCUCUUUGGGCUAUACCAGCACCAGAGAUGUCCUUGAGAACAUGCUGGAGUCUCAGCAACGUGACUCCAGUGCCCCUGGGAGGUUCCAUGUUGGCAGUGCAGAAUCCAUGCUGCAUGUUCGGCCUGGGGGAUAUACACCCCAGCGAGCACUGAUAAACCCGUUUGCCCCAUCCCGCAUGCCCAUGAAACUUACAUCUAACAGGAGGCGCUGGAUGCACACUUUUCCUGUGGGUCCGUCAGGAGAAGCUAUCCAGAUCCAUCAUCAAACCCGUCAGAAUAUGGCAGAAAUGCAGGGCAAUGGGCAGCAGGAUUUGACACAUUCCUCUGCUGAGCUGCUGGAGCUGGCUUACCAUGAGGCAACUGGCAGACAUAUCAGUUCUCGGCAUCCAGGUGACAGUGCCUCUUUCCUGAGCUUCAGUGGAACAGAAGAGUACUCUAACGGUCUGGCUGGCAGCAAUGGUGCAGGGGUGAACCUCAAAACUCAGAACAAGGACUCCUUGGAAGAUUCUGUCUCUAACUCUCCAGAUCCAAUUCUGACGCUGUCUGCUCCCCCCGUAGUGCCAGGCUUCUGUUGUACAGUUGGAGUGGACUGGAAAUCUCUCACUACUCCGGCAUGUCUCCCUCUUACAACGGACUACUUCCCCGACCGUCAGAGUCUGCAGAAUGAUUACACUGAGGGUUGCUAUGAUCUCCUCCCAGAAGCUGACAUUGACAGGAGAGAUGAGGAAGGAGUGCAGAUGACAGCCCAACAGGUGUUUGAGGAGUUUAUUUGUCAGCGUCUCAUGCAAGGCUAUCAAAUUAUUGUGCAAUCCAAACCACAGAAACCAGCUACAACCGUGCCACCCCCACUCAGCAGCAGUCCCCUUUACAGUCGAGGUCUUGUAUCAAGAAAUCGACCUGAGGAGGAAGAUCAGUACUGGCUGAGUAUGGGCCGUACUUUCCACAAAGUAACAUUAAAAGACAAAAUAAUUACUGUGACUCGAUAUCUGCCAAAGUAUCCAUAUGAAUCUGCUCAGAUAAACUACACUUACAGCUUGUGCCCCUCACACUCUGACUCUGAAUUUGUCUCUUGCUGGGUAGAGUUCUCCCAUGAGAGAUUAGAAGAGUACAAGUGGAAUUACUUGGAUCAGUAUAUCUGCUCCGCUGGCUCUGAGGAUUUUAGUCUUAUUGAGUCCCUGAAGUUUUGGAGGACUCGCUUUCUACUUCUGCCUGCCUGCAUCAGUGCCACAAAGCGCAUCAUGGAAGGAGAAGUGCACUGUGAUGUGUAUGGUGACAAGCCCCGUUCUGAUGAGGAGGAGUGGCAGCUUCUAGAUGGAUUCAUUCGCUUUGUGGAGGGUUUGAACCGCAUUCGUCGACGUCAUAGAUCUGAUCGAAUGAUUCGAAAAGGGUCUGCCAUGAAAGGCUUGCAGAUUGCUGGUCCAAUUCCCACCCACUCUCUGGAGCAGUCUGGGCCUCCCAUUGGAAAGAAAGGAACCUCAGCACUCUCAGCUCUGCUGCAGAUGGAAGCCAGUCAGAAGACGCUGGGGGAGCAGCAAGCAGCAGUGCUUUCUGGGAAGAGCUCUGGACAGCCUUCGGAGAGCGGGAGCAUUGCUAUCACACCCACCUAUAUGGACAGCCCUCGUAAGGAUGGGUCCUUCUUUAUGGAUUUUGUUCGCAGCCCACGUACAGCUUCAACCUUCUACUCACAGGUCUCUAUAGAUCAGUCAGUUCCUGCAACCUCAGACAGCAACACAUUGAUAAACACGGGGCAGUUACCUGAUCGGGGCAACAUGCAGACCUUGGGAAGUUCCCAGAAUGUUGUAGACCAAGGAUAUACCACAGCUGGUGCUGCAGAGGGCGGCUCUCAGCAGUGUUCGGCAAGCACGCUGACUUCUUCCUCCACCUUGAUAGAGAUUCUCGAAGCCAUGAAACACCCCACCACAGGGAUCCAGCUACUUUCUGAACAGAAGGGCCUCUCUCCCUACUGUUUCAUCAGUGCAGAAGUUGUACACUGGCUGGUGAAUAAUGUUGAAGGUGUGCAGACCCAAGCCAUGGCAAUUGACAUAAUGCAGAAAAUGCUAGAAGAGCAGCUUAUUGUCCAUGCAUCUGGAGAAGCUUUACGAACCUUUAUCUAUGGCUUUUAUUUUUAUAAGAUUGUUGUGGACAAGGAACCAGACAGAGUGGGCAUGCAGCAGCCUGCCAUGUGGCACACAGCUGCCAUGGAUGACUUCUCCGCCUUCCAGAGGAAAUGGUUUGAGGUGGCAUUUGUGGCAGAAGAGCUCCUGCACUCGGACAUCCCAGCGUUUUUCCUGCCCUGGCUGCCCAGCCGCCCAGCCUCCUAUGCAAGUAGGCACAGUUCCUUUAGCCGCAGUUUCGGAGGACGGAGCCAGGCAGCUGCAUUAUUAGCAAUGCAUGCACUAGCAAUUGUAGUCAUGUAUAUAGCGUAGUCUGUGACUGGAGAAUAACCUGCCUGCUCCUCUCCGAUUUACUCAACAAAUCAUUAGUUAAAUGCUCAAUGAUACAAGACAAUUGGGAAGCAGGUGAGUCUUCUUAAAAUCAAAUCUACGGAAGCCAAAGUUUAUUCUAUUAAAAUUAAGUUGGUUUUAAACUGAAACUUCUGAAUUCAGACAUGUGGCUGUUUCUUAUCAGUUUUUAAGGUCCUUUUGAGUAGCUCACCUGGUUGGACUGUGUUCCUGUUGCUUUACCUGUGCAUUACAGCUGCAGACAAGGCGGAGAGAGAAGCUCCAGCCCUAAUGGGGUGUCUGCAUUAUCUGGAAAAAGGAACAGUCUAAGGGAGCAGGGAGCUCAUUCUUCACAGUGUGCUGGUUUGGGCACACUGGACUGUGGUGUUAUUGCUGACCUCUUAGCUAACGACCAACAUCUACCUGAUUGAGCUGCUUUCACUUUACAGCUUUUGGGAUCUUGUUUUCCAACAUACUUUGUUAGAAAACUGCCACCAUAAUCUUCUAACUACAGCCAUUGCAUUCACAGUGAUAUUCCACUGAAAAGAACCAAGAAAAAGAAAAUCCCAAGAUGUUGGUCUGUCUGAUAAUACCAGACCAAUUCAGAAAUUGCAGAUGAGACAUUUCCCAAAGACAAAAAUGGAUCUUAUUUGCAAAACAAAACUCUGUGAUGUUCUUCCAUUUUUAUUGGGUUUUUUCUUCUUUUCCCCUGCCUCGUUCUAAGCUGCAGUAAUAGCAAUGUAAAGGAUUUUCUUAUAACCUUGAAAACUGCUUCCAGCUAACUUGCAGUAGAUGUGAAGGUGGGAACUGUCCAUCUACCUGGAUGAAGAACUUUUUAAAAUUUUUUUUAAAUGCCAUUAAAUUAUAAGGUCAUUUAAAAGGUGACCAUAUAAAGGAGUGCACGUCUUCCUCUACUUAAGCAACAAAUAACAACAUCUAUCCCUCAUGCAUGCAAUAAAAAAAAAAGGGCAAAGGUUUUUCAAUAGUAGUAUUGCAGCCCUUUGUUUUGUGUCAGUUUUUAACGUUAUAGAAAUGUUACAUUAUGUAUUUGCCUAAAGAAAAGUUGAAAGUGACAGCGUGGUUCGUAGCAGGACUUUGGUCUCAGAGUCAGGAGAUCUGGGCUCUGUACCUGGCUUUGCAGUCUGCUCUGUGACACCAGCCAGGUCACUUCCACCUUCUGUGCUUCCCUUCCUCUUUUGCCUGAUAGCUGAGAUUUUCUUUCACUGGGGUGCGGGGCACAAAGGGAGCUGGAUCUUGGGCACUAUCUCUGCACUUGCUGCAAAACAAUAGAAGGUAUUGCAGUGAUCGUAACACUGCUGCAUGAGUCUUGGCUGCCUUUCCAUGCUUUUACAAAAAGUGUUGGAUGUGCAGUUUUAGCAAUGCGGUAAUGUGGGAUAUUGAUAUGGGGUCAAAGAAACAAGAAGUUUAACUUCUAAUUUCUAGCUGUGGAAGGUCCCAGAAUGCUCCUGCCCUGUGUACCAGCACCCUGUUGUGAUUUCUGGUGGGGGCAUAUAGAAAGAUAUUAAACCCAAUUUGGAAUGUCUUGGGCAUGAAGGAGCUGAUGCUGUCUAGCCAUGUUUAAUUAUGGCACCAGUCGCUUAUUGAUUAGCUCCGUGACUCUUGGUUCUAUGUCUUUAUUGCAGCUGAAAUGUUUUUUGACUGCUUGGGAGGGUAAUUCUGCGGCACAGACCUCUGAUACGAAUAAUGCUUCAGUCUUUUAUGUCUUUUGUGAUCUGGAUGAGCAGCAUUCUGGGACUGUUCUGCUAGUCCAAAAAAUAUUUGGGGAGGAGUGGGAGGACAAAUUAAUUUAAAAUAGCUUGUCUUGUUUGUUUUGUUCUCUUCAUUCUGUCUCCUACCCUCUUUCAAUGCAUCUUUUAAAUACACCCCUAUUCCUUGGCUGCGUAGCUGCCACAGUGCCUGAGCAACGGACAGUGACGCUUGAUGUGGAUGUGAAUAACCGCACUGACCGUUUGGAGUGGUGCAGUUGUUAUUACCAUGGCAAUUUCUCCCUGAAUGCUGCUUUUGAAAUCAAGUUACACUGGAU